AUGUCCGGCGGCGGUGGCGACGCAACCCUGUUUGAGGAGAGCUUUACGGUCACCGAAUAUGAUCAAUCCAAAUACGAUCGUGUUGCCCGCAUUUCCUGUACAUCGGCCGACUCGCAAACUGUGAUGGUGCUUGAUAUCAACAUCGAACUCUUCCCUUGCGCAAGGUCCGAUUCCCUACAUGUUGUCCUAUCCACAACAUUAUCACCAGACGGCAGCAAGGAGGACGAUAAGGGUUGGCGAGAUGUCGGUAAGGGAGGGGACGCCCCAGCUACGUUGGCUGAUUUGUACGACUAUGUUUGCUAUGGCAAAAUUUACAAAUUUGAAGAGACAUAUGAUGGCAAUACCAUGUACGUACUUGGACGUCCUUUACAUUUGCCCUCCUUUAUCUAUUGA